AUGAAGAAAACCAACAUGUGGUUCUUGGAGAGGUUUCGGGGAUCGGGGGAGAAUGGAGCUGCGGGGGGCGAGGGCGGGGACAAGGCCGCCAAGGGGCCCCUGUACAGCAACGUGCUCACACCGGACAAGAUCCCAGACUUCUUUAUACCCCCCAAGCUGCCCGCCGGCCCCGCUGAGCCCGAAGCGCAGGCCGAGCUGGGGCCCUCGACCUCGGAGCAGAACCUGGCCUCCGCCGCGCCCCGCCGCGCCCCCCGGAGCCCCCGGCUGUCCGCCAAGCUGGCCGCCGAGAGCAAGAGCCUACUGAAGGCGGCCACCCGGCACGUGAUUCAGAUCGAGAGCGCGGAGGACUGGCCGGCCGAGGAGACUGCCACCAACGCCGACCCCCAGGCCCAGGGGGCCAUGUCGCUGCCCUCGGUGCCCAAGGCCCAGACGUCCUACGGCUUUGCCACGCUGGCCGAGAGCCCCCACACGCGGCGCAAGGAGUCCCUGUUCCACAGCGAACACGGGGCUCUGGCCCAGGUGGGCUCCCCAGGCACCCGGCGCCGUCGGGGGGGUGUCAAGGCCAACGGGGGGGACGGGGCACCCAAGGAGGCCGGCGGCACCCUCAUGAGCCCGGGCCGCUGCGUCAGCGGCGGGGAGAGCGACACGGGGUCCUCGGCCGAGUCCUCACCCUUCGGCUCCCCCCUGCUCUCGCGCUCCGUGUCGCUGCUCAAAGGCUUCGCCCAGGACAGCCAGGCCAAGGUGAGCCAGCUCAAGCACUCUGUGGGCCGCCAUGGCUCCCUGUCGGCUGACGACAGCACGCCGGACACUAGCCCCGGGGCCCGGCGCCGCCUGCCCCGCAGGGCCACCCCGGAGCCCGGCCCGGAGUCUGGUCCGGCGUCCCGCGCGGAGCACGCCGUGCGCAUGGGCCCUCGGGGCAGCGUGCGCCUGCUGGCCGAGUACGAGGCGGCCCAGGCCCGCCUGCGCGUGCGCCUGCUGGCGGCCGAGGGCCUAUACGACCGGCUCUGCGACGCCCGCAGCAUCAACUGCUGUGUGGGCCUGUGCCUCGUGCCGGGCAAGCUGCAGAAGCAGCGCAGCACCAUCGUCAAGAACAGCCGCCACCCAGUGUUCAACGAGGACUUCUUCUUCGACGGCCUGGGUCCGGCCAGCGUGCGGAAGCUGGCUCUCAGGAUCAAGGUGGUGAACAAGGGCAGCAGCCUCAAGCGGGACACGCUGCUUGGGGAAAAGGAGCUGCCCCUCACCUCCCUGCUGCCCUUCUUGUAG